UGUGGCGCCAGAGAGAAAAUAACUCAGACGUUGUGGCUCCUGUGUCGCCAUGUCGCCGUGGCUGGCACUGAGGGGCAGGUAGGGCGAGAGUGCCAAGAGGUGGAGGGGGCGGUGUAGCAGUCCCAGCGGGGCACCAGCUGUCACUGUGCCACUGGUACUGCAUGGGCGCAGUUGGGAUAGUCACUGCUGGCUGCACCGAAUGAUAAUCAGUGCGUUGAUCCAUCUGUGAUGAUCCAGGUGGAAACAGCUUUUAAGUUCGAACUCAGAGUCCAGGUGUGGUGUCGUGUUUCCCUCUCGAAGGAGCCUUCGCACGCGCAGAGCGAGUCGAGGAAAAAGGUUUCGCAGUGUUGUGCAGUGCGAGGAUGUGAGGGCGAAGGAGCGACCUCAGCCCCGGUGUGACCUCGAGCCUGGUGUGACCCGAGCCUGGAGUGAUCCGAGCCCUGUUGUGACCAAGGCGGCGGUGCAUGUGUUGCGCCCUGGCCUCCCCCCCUCCCCAUGUGCCCUUGGCCCCCCGUGCCCCUCCUCUAACGUGUCCAAGUCCCAGGUGAAGAGGAAAGGCGGGAUGGACAAGCGAAAGAGGCGGCAAUGCGACCGAAAGUCGUGAGGAGGAUUUUAAACCGAAGUAGCGGCCUCGGCGUGAGUUAGUCGCUCUGAAAGCGAGCUGCGCGAGCGUGCCCGAGCGCCACGAGUGCCCGGGGAACAGAUCGCUGGAAGCGAACUGCGAAGCAAGUCGAAGUCGCCGCACAAACAUUUGCUGCGCCGCCUCCCGCUCGAGCCGCCAGCAUGGGGGUCAACAUGGGCAAGAGUGGAGGAGGAGGCGCCCAGGGGGGGAGCGGGGGCGGAGGGAUCCUGGACGCCCUCCACCUCACCCAGGGGAGUCUGCACAUCGUCAUGCUCGGCCUCGACUCCGCGGGCAAGUCGACAGCCCUGUACCGCCUCAAGUUCGACCAGUACCUUAACACCGUCCCCACCAUCGGCUUCAACUGCGAGAAAGUGAAGGGGCUUUCCGGGAGGGCCAAGGGCACGAGCUUCCUGAUCUGGGACGUGGGCGGCCAGGAGAAGAUCCGGCCGCUGUGGCGCUCCUACACGCGCUGCACCGACGGCAUCGUCUUCGUCGUCGACUCGGUGGACAUCGAGCGCCUGGAGGAGGCCCGCUGCGAGCUGCACAAGACCGCCAGGCUCCCCGAGAAUCUGCAGGUUCCCAUCCUGGUGCUGGCCAACAAGCAGGAUUUACCGGGAGCCAAAGACCCACAGGAGAUCGAGCGCCUUCUGGGGAUCGCGGAGCUAGGCAAUACCCAUCUGUGGCAUAUACAGCCCGCGUGCGCGAUCACCGGCGAGGGCCUGGACGAAGCCCUGGAGAACCUGUACGAGAUGAUCCACAAGCAGAGGCGCCUCUCGAAGACCAGCAAGAAGAAGCCCAGAUGAUCUUCGACCUCCGACUAGUUGGCUGCCUCUGCCAGCUGUCGGAAACCCUGGUGCUGGGAAUGCUGCCCCUUGAGCUGGUGGAGUCGAGACGAUCAAGCUGCCUACGUGUAAUGUCUUCUCUUGUUUUCUCUUUGUUUUUUUUUUGGAAGCCUCGGGUGGUGUAUAAUUCAUGGGCCUACGUACCUUUCCCCCCAUCCCGUUGUAAAUGUGCGUGCGAAAUGCGUGUGUUUGCUGAGGGAGGCACAUCUAAAUUAUCUAUGUUGUGUCGCACUCUCGAGCGAGCAAGCAAGUAAGCGUUGUGUGUCUCUUGAGAGUUGGUAUCUUGCACAGAGCUGUGAUUUUAUUUAUUUUUUUCGUAUGUGAACGCUUGUGAACAGUUCUUCUAUGUAGGCCUAUUCUUUGCGUUUUUAAGUUUCUGAUCUUCAGCUGUACGAAAAAAAAAUCCUAUUUGUAAUGUUUCGAACUGCACAUAGGACUCACGCAGAAAUCGUCCUGCACAAGGCAUUUGGUGGAUUAUCAAGGUGCCUGCAAUGCUGCAACAGCAGUGACAACGAGAGAAAAAAAAAAGUUGAUUUGCGGACUCGUUAACGAAGGCAAAGGCAUAUGAAGAGGAUAACCAGCAGUCCAGUCAGUAUAAGAUAUACAGGUGUUUUUGACUUUGAUGGUUAAAUGCCAGAGAGAGUUGGUCCAAACCCUGACUCGAUGAAACAUUGCGUACUGAACUUUUGGAUGUAUGAUAAGCUGGGCCCUGAAACGCCUUCCCAGCCCCCCCCCAAGUGUGUUUGCUUACCUAUGGACGUUUCUAAAAAAAAAAAGAAAGAAAAAAACUUUGUGCUACUAAAAUAUAAAUGUAUAUAUUGAAAGCAUCUGUGUAGAUUUCUUUUUAUUUGUAAGAGGACCAUCUUUGAAGACGGUCUGUUGGCGUUUUACUAUGGUCGAGUUUUUUUUUUUCCUCGUCCAAGACAGUCGCGAAUCCCCGAAUGUGGGGUCUUAGUUUCGAAAUCACCCAAGGCCUCCGUUUGACUGUGAUUCAUCUUGUGAGCGUCUGUUAUUCUCUGUUCUGUGCAGGAAAGCAAAGCACAACCAGCCCUAGAAGCCAUGGAAACAACACGUGGAAAUAGCCAAUGGAAAAUGGAUACAGUGCAUGAUUUUAUCGACUAUGAAGAGAUUGUUGUAAAACAGAAAUUAAAAAAUUGAAUAAUUUCA